AUGUCUGAUUUCACUAGGCUCGUCCGCUUCAUGGCCAAUGAUGGCCAGACUUACUAUGGCGAUGCUAUUCUUCCUUCAGACACGAUUGAUAUAUCCCAAGCUACUGCAGCUCGUAUCAUCGAGGGUGAUAUCUUUGGGGAGCACCAUGUAACUGACCAGAUUGAAGACAUUGAACAUUUACUGUGUCCCCUUGCCCCUGCGGAUGUCGGAACUGUUCGCUGCCUGGGACUCAACUACGCAGAUCAUGCCAGAGAGUCAAAGAUGCCGGCACCCAAGUUCCCGGUGCUGUUCUACAAGCCAGCAACUUCACUUGCUGGCCCCUCCGACGCCAUCCCGAUUCCUGACAUGGCCCAGGAAGGUGCGGGUCUUGAUUACGAGUGUGAGCUCGUUAUUAUUAUUGGCAAGCAGUGUACCAAUGUUUCUGAGGAUGACGCCCUUGAUUGCAUCAUGGGUUACUCCGUCGGAAAUGAUGUCUCCCACCGCGAGUGGCAGAUCAAGCAUGGCGGUGGCCAGUGGUCCCUCGGCAAAUCAUUUGACGGUUGGGCACCGUUUGGGCCUGGAAUUGUUUCUUCUCGAAACAUCAGCAAUCCUCAGUCGCUCAAGAUUUGGACCAAGCUAAACGGUGAUAUUCUUCAAAGCGGCGAUACAGCCGAUAUGAUCUUCAGCGUCAAGAAGAGUAUUGCCUUCCUUAGCCGAGGCGUCACUCUUAUGCCUGGAGAUAUUAUCUUCACUGGAACGCCUGCUGGCGUUGGUUCCGGUCGCACCCCUCCCGUCUGGUUGAAAGAUGGCGAUAUUGUCGAAGUUGGAUUAGAACACGUUGGUACAUGCACCAAUAAAGUCGAAUACGCAAGAGCCAACGCGGUCGCAAGAAUAUAG